AUGGCGGAGGCUUUCGGGCUUGCAGCGUCGGCCGCGGGCAUCGUGUCCCUCGGGCUGCAAGUCUAUGAAGGCGUCGCCUCCUAUGUUGAAGGCGUCAAAGAUCGCAAGACCGAAUUAUCUGCCAUCUUAAAACAAGCAAACACCCUACAAGCCAUUGUCAACGCUCUACAGGUGGCGGCUCCUCGAAUCGAUGCAAUAUUGUCAAUUCAUGAAUCGCCUCUGCUGCCAUCGCUCAAAACAGUGGAAGAAGAACUAUGGGCCCUGAAACUCUUCUUGGGCUCGCUUCAAAAUACCGAUAGUCAGCCCAAGGAUGUUCUAGCCACGCUGAAAGAACAGAAAAGGAAACUCACGUUUCCAUUUCACAGACCGACUCUAAACAAGCUGCAGAAGAAGCUUGAAUCUGCCAACAAUGCCUUACAGACGAGUCUACAGGUAGUUGAGCUGACGGCUACCGCUCUGUUCCACACAGCUAUUUCCGACAUUCGUGCAACUGUGGACAAUUCUCAAUUGCUAGUGACGAAUCUUCAGUCUGGCAUUGGAACCUUGGAAACAUCAAUGAACUCCAUGGCUCUCUCCCUUGCUCCCACACAAGCCUCGAUAGGAUCAAUGGAGGGUAGACUCAACUUGCUCACGACAGAGGGAAGAAACAACAAUGAGAAUCUUGAGAGAAACUUCCACACCGUGCAUACCAGCAUGAGCCACCUCUCCGAUGACGUGGGCAGAGCCAUGAGUACAGUUCAAAUGUCAACAGGUCAAGUUCAUGGUGCAGUCUUGCAGCAAAGCCAAGAUAUACGUCAACUGCAGGACGUUGUAUCAAAAUCGAUUGUGCAACCGACCACGAUUGCGAUGGCCGUAGAAGCAGUCAUGGAAAAGAAGUUUGCUGAACUGACACACGGCAGUAGUGCCCCUACGAAUUUGAGCCAGCCGCAGCUCAUCUUGGGGAGACUACUCUCAAAGCCUAGCGAGCUCAGAGACGCACAUGAUGUUGAUCGAAUGGUUUCCAUCACUCGGCGGCAACGUGAAGCUUCGAUUUUCACUGCCCACAGAAGCUGUUCUUGCUACUUGAAACCAGGCACACAGCACCAGGUCGAGAAGUUUGGCGACUUUUACAUGGUCAGAAAAACAAAAACACAACCUCAGCAUCUACCCGACUGUGACUUUUGGGCAUACAAUUCCAAAUCUACUACUCAUGAGAGAACCUUGUCCUAUACAGGCUUCCGAAAACUCUUGUCUGUGUCGCUGGAGCUGUCCCUUUCAUGGACAUCAGGGGCUGGUGGUUUGAGCAUCAGCCCAAACAUAACCUUGCGGCCAAUGGUAGACGAGACAAGAUCUCCAGCCUUCCGGCUCAUUGACCUUAUGCGGGAAAGCUACUUCUAUAUUGACUGUUCAGAUAUCGAGUUCGAAUAUAUAUUGGACCGUUCGAUGAACGCAAUUUUGAAACUUUAUCGAACCAAAGAAUGCUCGCCUUACGAUGUCAACUUUCGCGGGGAGUCGGUGCUUCACAAAUGGAUAGAUCUUCUAUUUGCAGUCCUUGCGAGAACUAAAUCGGAAAUUUCUGCCCGAAUCUUAAUGACCGCAUUGUCCUCAACGAGGCGUCUUGUGGCAGGAUGGUCGCCAAGUAGCAUCUUGUUCGAUUACUAUGGACAAUCCCCGCUAGACUACACGACCGGCUACAACUUGGUAGAUAUGUUCCCAUUAGGGGAAGUCGCGACUCUGCUAUGCUCAUACGACGACGAGCUUGCGAUACGAGUGCGUGAUAGCCUACGGCCAUAUGAGACCAUGAUAGGCCCAUAUGACCUUGGCAGCAAUGAGAUCCAUUAUAUCCUUGGGUCUCCUGUUUGGCGAGAGGUAUAUGGCUUGGGUCCAUUGAGCACAUCAAUCAUAAGUGGCAACAAAGAUCGCGUACAAACCAUUCUGGAUACGGAUGUUUCCACCUUGGAAGAAACAAGCCAUGCGCUUCAGACACCGUUCCAUCUUGCCGCACUUAGCCCCAACCAUGAGCUGUUGGAGGUUCUUCUUGAAGCUGCCGAGGACGGAUCGACACGAUUUGAUACCAGAGAUGCGCGUGGGAAAUACGCAUUAGAGGUCGCGGCUAUAGACUCGUCGCGGCUUUGUCUCUAUGGCCGUGCGUCUGUGCUAUGUACAGACUGUCCAUGUUCAGUCCCUUUCGAUAUGUUGCAAUCCCGUGGUUGGCAGCUGUCCCCCAAGACGAUCAUUUCUCCAUGCCAGCUGCUAAUCCGAGCUUCUCAAGCGGUCAGAAUGAAGAUGAUUUCGAAUUUUAAGCACUUCAGAGAAGGGCUUCGUACAGCCGCUCUCGACUAUCUCAGUCCAUAUGAGUACCAACACUUACAACUGGACGAUUCGCGAAUUGUGGAUGGCCAUAUGAAACGAGUCGUGGAAAGACUUCUCGAAUCAGAUCUCAGAAUAACCCAAGAGUACGAGGGUCUUGUCGAUAUUUUAUCCAGAACAAGUGGAGAUUGCAUCUAUCAUGAUCUUGUUGGAAAUAUCCGCCGCCAUUUUAACAUAGGCAUCUCCUCCUUUGCCGACUUGCUUUUCGACAGCGGCUUCAAAGAUGUGGAUCAUGAAGACGAGUAUGGAAACAGUCCCCUACAAAUCUUAGUGACUUCUAGUGAGUCUCUCGUGAGGGAUGAAGACGAAGAGUCUCUUGAGCUGCUUGUUUGGUUCAUUCACCACGGGGCCAACAUAUCGCAGGUCAUCACAGAGUCUUGGGACGUGUGGGGUGCAACAUUGACAGCUAAUUUCCUGUGCCUAAAAUCAAUCAAUCGGUACAGGAAGUCUGCAAUAGAUCACAUCGCUGAGGCUCUUCGCUGGAUUGCUCCUCUAGGACUAUUUGACAAGUGCCGCUGUGGCUGUGUUGGGGCUGGUUGCAGCACUACAACCAUAUUCUUCCGAAAUUUGUGGCAAUGGUUCUUUAGGGACAAGGAUGUAGUGCACAUACAUUACUACAACGAUUGUGAAGGUUAUGAAAGCUCUUCCGAAGGAGUAAAGGAAGUCUCGUCAUCCAGGGCCGAGUCUGUAUCCGAUAGCUACAAGGACGACACAGACGACGAGUCGGUCUGCCAAGGCUAUCCGGACCCGGAACGUAUUAAUGGCAUCAACACAGAGAAUGAUACAUCCUCGGAGUGGGAAACCAUCGGCUCAGAGUCGGCAUGGGAAUCUGAAAAUGAUGAAAAUGGGACAACGGACUUUUGGCAAAGUACCCAUAACUUGUCAACCUAUUUGCAGCUACUGGAAGUCGACUUUGUCAAGUGGGAUCAUGUUUCCUUGUCCGCUCUAAAGGUCUUCACUUUCGAAGCUCUUGAACUCAGACAUACAUGCUGCCACAAAUUGGUCAAAUCUGAUAACGAGGACAUACCGUGGAAGUGGAAGGACGUUCCUGUAUGCGAGAACGAGAUUGAUGAAAUCCAAGAAGAGGAUCACGAAUUGUUAGGCCUUCUGGAUGAUUUGGUAGAAGAGUUUGUCGACGAGCUUCAAUCUUCUGGCAAUAGCCUUCAACAGUUCUUGAUCCGCUAUUGGGCCCCUCGAAUGGAACAUGUCUUGGAAGAUUUGCGAGCAGCCAAGAUGAGCGCAGAACAAGUAUUGGCGGCGGAACAGGUCGGCGUCACCUGGGAGGACGACUCAGUUGACGAUUCGGUUGACGAUUCGAUUAGUGAGUCCGAAGAUGAAUACUCGUAUCCACCCAGACCAACGCGAUCGGAACGAAUUGAGGCAUUGAUAAAGCAAAUGGACGAGAUUGUGGCCGAGUCUUCACAGUCAGGGCGGACAUAG